GCUUCAGCGGGAGCGACGUGUUCUGCAAGAUCCUCGACGCAUUCGCUGCCGAGUGGGCGUCGCUGUACGACAAGCCGUUCAGGUUUCGAUCUGUGUUCCAGUGCGAGAAAGGCGUGUGCCAGCAGCUCUUCCUGCAGAAUGAGUUUCCAGAGACAGAGUUCCUCUUCGGCGACAUGAUCGAGCAGGG